GCAGUCCUGCCGCAGCUGAUACAAGUGUUGCAAUCGAAUCGUCCAGAUGACUUAACUAAUUCUUCUUUCGGGAAUUCUCCCGCACGCUGUUGACGGUGUCGGUGUACCUAUAUACCCGCGCAGGACGAGGAAGGGACGAUACACCGUUCAGCGGCUGCAAAUCGUGCACGAUAAUCGUCGCACGGCGUGUCACGGGCGGCUGACACUCCCGACAGAGACGGGAGACACGAGUGCGCGACGACGGACGACCAGGUAUGAUAGGACCCAACUUAACCUAGAAGGCACCUAGCUUGAGGUGAAACUAGGUUUCCCUCCAGGAUCGUCGCGCACGUUGCGGUACGUCUCGCCGAGAGCCUACAUGCCCGACCUAGGAGCCUAAGUGCCAAACGAGCGGAAAUGGAGGCGCACGAGACGGAGCAGUAUGUGACGUUUCCCCUCGCCGACGUGCACGACGCCAUAGAGGAGAACAUAAUAUCGCACGAGGAGAUAUGCGAGCCCGUCGACGAGUGCGUUCUCCAGGAGGGCCUCACCGAGGUCACCGUCGGCAACACCGCCAGCAACACCGACAUCGUAGAGACCCAGGGUACCGUCGAGAUCCUUGCCGAGGAACAGUCGGAGGAGGAGGAGGAGGACGACAAUCAGGUGGUGUAUCCGAUGUACAUCAAGCAGGAGGAGCAGCAGCAGUACACGUCGGGCGACGACGAGUCCAUGGCUGUGGAGGCACUGCGCCAGCUGGGCGGCAUGUAUCCGUGCUUCGAGGACAAGAAGAUCAGCUGUCCGGUCUGCAAGCACCUGUUCACCCAGGAGGAGAUGGUCGAGCAUCAGACCGUGUGCCAGUCGUCGCCCAGGCUGUCCUGCACCACGUGCGGCGAGAGAUUCGAGAGGAAGAUCGACCUGAACAACCACAUGGUUUGCCAUCAAGUGGAUCGUCCCCACGCGUGCAGAACGUGCGGCAAUCUGUUCCGCUCCAAGAGCAGCUUGCAGGCGCACAUGCUGCAGGUGCACAUGCACCACGUCGAGCGGCCGCACAAGUGCACCAUCUGCGGCUCGGACUUCCAGCGGCCCUCCAGCCUGUCGAAUCACAUGAAGAUACACACGUACGUCGCGGGGCGUGCCAUCAUGCAGUCCCAAAGUAACAACAUGCCUCAAUCGGUGACGGAGACGUUCAGGAAGUGGCCGGAGAACGCGCCCGAUUCGCAGAACACCGCUCAGGCGGUGCCAUCCUCCUCGUCUGUCCAGUCGGUGCAGAACUACGACGUGUGCCAGGUCCAGUGGCCGGUCUCGUCGUACAAUUUCAAUAGCGAGCAAUCGAUAGUUACCACGAUAUCGAGCCAGGACACCAAGAUGGAUACGCUCCAGGAGUUCACGGUGAUGCCCAACGGCGAGGUCACGCAAUUCAGCGAGUACACCGAGCAAAACAAUAUCAACGAUUCGGUCGGCAACAGUCAGCAGUACGAUAUAACGAUAAAUUCGUUCAACACCCCCGACGGCAUAGUCAAAGUCGAGACGCUUUACCGAUACAACAACACGAACAAACGAGACUACGGGGAAGCCGAAGGGACCAACGACAAGCCGUACGCGUGCAAGCACUGCGGAAUGAAUUUUUCACGCGCCACCGCUUUGGCGUCUCACGAGAAGAUUCACGCCUCGAAAAAUUGGAACAUGCCGAUCGAGUGCGAGUACUGCGACAAGCAGUUCCAGGACGGCAAUCAUCUGGCGAAUCACCAGACCACCUGCGCCAAGAAGAUAAUGCAGAGCAACCUCGAGCAGGGUGUGCCGAACAACAAGUGGGGCAAGCACGCUUGCUCGGAGUGCGGAAAGAAGUUCACGACCAAGCAGAAGAUGUUCCGCCACCAGUGGAUCCACCGUAAGAAGACCCACUCCUGCGAGGUGUGCGGCUCGCAGUUCGAGAAGCAGAACGAGCUGGACGAGCACAGACUGUCGGCGCAUCCCGGGGACUCGCCGUUCACCUGCACGGAAUGCGGGAAGAGCUUCGUGUCGCGGCAGGGCCUCUGGGAGCACGGCAGAACGCACGCCGGCAGCCCGGCCCACUUUCAGUGCGACACCUGCUCGAAGACGUUCUCAUCUCGCCAGGGAUACCUGAUACACAACCGCACGCACACCGGCGAACGGCCGUACGGCUGCAAGUUUUGCUGGAAGGCGUUCCGGGACGGCGGAACUUUGCGGAAGCACGAGCGGAUUCACACGGGGGAGAGGCCGCACGUGUGCCCGUUGUGCUCGAGGGCCUUCAAUCAGAAGGUCGUGCUGCGCGAGCACGUUCGAUGGGUCCACGCGGCGGGGAAGAACGAGACGGAGGCGAGCCAUCCUCCGUACCAGUGCCCGCUCUGCGGCGCCCUGAAUCAGGAUCGCGACGAGCUCUGCGCGCACAUCGUCAAGCACUCGGAUCAGAUGAUAGCCGAGGCGAAGGCGAAGAGUAACAGCGACGCGUCUCCGAAGACGAAACCGACGAAGAAGAAAUCAAAGUCGUCGUCGAGCGGCGCGAACGCGCAGGCGAAGCAGGCGAACCUGGACUUCAUACCGAAGGCGGAGCAAAACGAGGCCCUGCUGUCCAUCACCGAGACGUCCGACAAAUCGGACGACAUGCACGUUAUAAACGCAGAGAAGCAGAACAACGCGUUCGUUGUGGUCACUACGGAGAAGAGUAGCGACGGCUUCAUCGCGAUAUCCGAGCUCAAGCACAGCAACAUACGGUUCAUCGUGGACGGCAAGGAGGACGAGAACAUUCAGGUGCUUCGAGUGGAACAGUCGGAUCAGAGGGACCCUCUCGAGAUGAUUGCCAUCGAUAAGCGUAACGACGCGACGAGCAUCAUGUCCGCGGAGUCCGUGGACGACGCGCUCGACGAGACGGUCGUCGGGCAAAACGACAUGUCCACGAUACACUUGAUUCAGUCCCCCAAGCAGAACAACACCCUAAAUAUAAUAUCGAAGCAGAACGAGUCGCUCCCCGUGCUGGCGAUACCGAAUCCGCCGCAGGGCCACGAGAAUUACUCCAGCCAGAUCGUGCAGAUAAGCGGCGCGGACAUGCCUAUGAGCGUCGUGACUCGGCAAGCCCUGAAAGAGGAAAAGAAUCAUAUUCAGGACGAGCAGGACGCUCUAAUCCCGGACGAAACGUCGCACGUUAUUGUGCAGUAUCAUCACGACAGCGACGACGGGGACGAUUUCGUCUGCGGAAUCUGCGAGGAAAGAUUCGACGGCAAGACCACGUUGAAGGAACACAUCAAGAUACACAUAUAAUUAUUAUCAUUUCCACUUUGCUGUUCGCAUAUCGCUUGUGAUAUUUCACAUGCAUCACAUUAAUGUGACUCUGUAGAAAGUAAUUAUGAGUGUCCCUUACCA